UGAUUUUGCAUUUCCGGGGAGGAAAACUGUUUGUAAACAAAACAAUUCACCUCCCUGUAAGCUCCUGCACACUGCUUUGGAUGGCUAUGCUUACAGUGAAGCACAGGGACACAGACACAAGUAAAACAGUACACAGUUAACCCUUUGAUCGCCCCUCAUGUUAACUCCUUCCUGCCUAGUGCCAAUAGUACAGUGUCAGUGCUUUUUUUUUAGUACUAAUCACUGUAUUGGUGUCACUGGGGAUGUCAGUGACACCAAGUCGGUUACCCCCAGUGUCAGAAUGCCCGCCACAGUCCCGCAAUAA